CAAUUCAUUAUAUGUUGCUGGUUGCCGCCAAGAUAUUCAGUUAAGUUCCCGUAAUCGCAGGCUUCGCCGCCCUCAACCUCCGUCACCAGUGCAGCCAUGGGUCGUAUGCAUAGCCGCGGCAAGGGUAUUUCCUCUUCGGCUUUGCCUUAUAAGAGAACUCCUCCGAGUUGGCUUAAAACCUCCUCCCAGGAUGUAGAUGACAACAUUUGCAAGUUUGCGAAAAAGGGACUGACGCCAUCACAGAUCGGUGUAAUUCUUCGCGACUCUCACGGUAUUGCUCAGGUAAAGAGUGUGACUGGAAGCAAGAUUCUCAGGAUUCUCAAAGCGCACGGGCUUGCACCGGAGAUUCCCGAAGAUCUGUAUCAUCUGAUUAAGAAGGCCGUUGCCAUAAGGAAGCACUUGGAAAGAAACCGGAAGGAUAAAGACUCAAAGUUCCGGCUUAUUCUUGUGGAGAGCAGGAUCCAUCGGCUGGCUCGUUACUAUAAGAGGACGAAAAAACUUCCACCCGUGUGGAAAUACGAGUCUACGACGGCAAGCACGCUUGUGGCUUAGGAGCAUUUUAGUGCUUGCUUUUUCGACGGGGAUAAACCGAUGAGCCA